AUGGCCACAGGACCGGCACUGCAAAAGGUCAGGCGGUUGCAGGCCCGACUGGCUGUCCACAGCGACCCCAAGAAACUGCGCAAGUAUCUUAGCGAGCUCUCGGCUCUGCCCAUGACCCCGGACAUUCUGGCCGAGACCCGAGUCCGAAAGACCGUGAAGGGCUUCCGCAAACACCUGCUCGUGGGCACCUUUGCCCGGGACCUGGCGGCACAGUGGAAGAAGCUGGCUCGUGGUAAGUCAAGCUUCCUGCCGACCCCGCAGCACUGGGCGCCCAACCGCGAAGAGCCAGACGAUGAUGACAAUGACCAGAAGCACCAGAUGGCUGUCGACCAGGAGAGCGACCACGACGACCAAGUGCAAGCCAAGAGGCAGGCCAGAGGCGCCCGGGCCUGCUUUCCAGCACAGCACUUCUGCGAGUCGCCAACCCAUCAGCUCUGGGCCGACUCUGCGGACCUGAUGAUGGCCCUGGAGCCCUGCACAGUCCAGCAGGAGGACCGCGAGCCCGCAGGGGGCUGCCACGCGCCUGCACAGGGACCCGCCCAGGCCCAGUCACUGCCUCAGCCACAGCGGCCAGAAGACCCGGAGAAAGCAGCCGCCAGCCCAAACCAGAAGCCCGCUAUGUUCCCGCGCCAGGACGCCUGCCCGCCCAGGGCCAGCACACCUGAGGCGCCCUCGCCUCGCAUCGCCUCCCGCCACAAGCCCCAGCCGCCCGCUGCACACAGCGCCCAGGCCGGCCCGCCCAAGGACACCCAGCACCCCGCCACAAAGCUCCUGCAGAGCGCUGCGGCCAAGCCCCUCGACCCGCAAGACGCUGCCACCAAGGAGCCGCCUAUGACUUUCGAGCAGUACAUGACCUACGACUACAACUACAACAACAAGAAGCGGCGGAAGGCUCGCACAACUUGGAAAGUCCUGCAGUCUCGGAAGGCCUCGGCUUCCCAACAACCAGGCAAGACUGCAAAACAAGAUUCUGCCAGCACUCGCCAGCAGGUGCCUUCGGCUCCCCAAUGCCCUCGGCUGAAGGAAAGCCAGGCAGAGAACCUGCAGCCCGCUGCAGCUGGCGGCUUAGCCCAGCUGGGAACGACGCCCACGCACGCGCGCCCUGGGACCCAGGACAGUCCCCAUGCGCUGCAACUCCUGCCUUGCUUCCCACCAGCCACAGAAGCGCCCUCCUCACCCCAGCCGGAGGAAAAUGUCGGAUUUACCGGACAAAGAAUCAACACCAGGAUGCCCGUCUAUUCUGGCGCCACCUACUGCACCUCCACGAUGACCCCGGACCCGGACCCGGACCCGGACCCGCAGUGCAGCCUGGCACCCAAACACAUCCAUUCCCUUUCUCGCACAACGGCAGGAGUCCCCCGCCACGUGCUGCAACCGACUCUGCACAAGCUGACGCCACAGCAGCUCUUGCACGCCGAAAAAGCCAACCCACAGCUCGUGCCAGAGACAGAUGCCUUCUGGAAAACUCAUUGCCAGCGAGAGUUUAAAGAAGAAAAGCCGCAGGAGUGGGAAUCGUGGCGAGAGAUGUACCUGCGCCUUCGGGAUGCCCGUGAGCAGCGCCUCCACCGAGUGACCACGGCCAUCGUCGCCGCACAGGUCAACAAGCAGAAAGGCCGCCAGGCCAAGAUGAUCUUCUUCCCGGCAGCACCCAGCAGCACCCAGGCUCCUGCCUGCCACAGCUCCCACAGCAGCAGCUUCAGCCCAGCACCUGGGAGGCGAACCCCGGCAGCCAGAGCCAACGCCCCAUCCAGCCUCGGAGCCACAAAACCCACCACCAAGAAUCCAGCUCCUCUCAUGGCUAAAGCCAUUCAAGACCUCAAGAAAAUAUGCUCCCGCAGAUGA